AUGCGACAAACCACAUACGCCGAGUUCAUCGAUGAGCUGCAUCACACUAUGCGUCGUUACGAGAAGCGAGUCCACUCCCGCGGUGGCACUAAACGCAAGGCCUGGUGGGACCAGCAGGUCAUCAAAAGCUGGAUGAACGCGUGGGCGGAGAAGAGCGGGACACUCACGGAGCUGCAAAAUGGCUUUCGGCAGAAACGGCGGGUCGAGGACAACCUAUUUGUGCUCAUGCAGUGCAUUGAGAUUGCGCGCAAGGAAUCGCGAGGUUUACUCGCCUGUUUCCUGGACGUAGCCAAAGCCUACGACAGCGUGCCGCAUAACCUCCUCCUAUCUCGCAUGGAUGACCUCGGCAUGCCGCCCGUGUGGAUCGACCUACUUCGCCGACUCUACACUGGCAACACCAUUGAAAACCCGCUUUGGGGAGACGCGCGCCCGACCAGUGGAGCGAGUCUUGAGCACGCCCUUCUAAAUUUGGACGUGGGGUUCACACUCAACUUCUCGUUUGACAGCACCCCAACAACUUGGACGAUUCCUGGCCUUGUUUUUGCGGACGACCUUGUGCUACUGGCCGAAAAUGAAGCCCAACUGCAGCAGCUGGUUGAAACAUCAGCCAAACACCUUGGCACCUUGGGCCUAGCCUUCAAUUCGAGGAAGUCGGCGGUAGUACAGUUCUCUGGGGACCGGGAAAAUCCGACUAUGGUGCUCCCAGAUGGCGAGAGGCUCCCGGCAGCGGAAGAGUACCGCUAUCUUGGUGUAGUGCUUAGUGCCUCAGAUGGUGUCAACGCGGAACACGAAGCGCACCUGAGACAAUCGGCACAGCGGGCCAGUCGCAUACUGCGCCGACAAUGCCUGUGGGGCUGUAGCCGAUAUCUCAUGGUGCGCGAGCUGUGGAAGUCAGUGCAUGUGCCUGGACUGACCUUCGCGAACUCAACCAUAUGCCUGACGGCACCAACCCGUGAUUGGCUGGAACGUGGGCAGCGAGAGGUAGGCCGCCUGGCCCUGGGCUGCCAUGGCCGAGUUGCCGUAGAGGCCAUCCAGGGCGAUGUCGGCUGGUCCUCCUUCGAGGCUCGAGAGGCCAAGAGCAAAAUUGCGUUUGAGUGCCGUCUGCGCAACAUGGAUGACGGUAGGUGGGCGCGCAGGGUGUUUCGGUACGUCUACCUUAAAGGCAUCCAGACACAAUGGAGGGCGCGUGUCCAGUUCCUGAGGCGAAAAUAUGGCCUCUUGAACUAUUCGGAAACCGGAGGAGCCAGGUGUGAGACGGCUAAAGGAGUUCAGGACCAUGUGCGUGAGACAGAGCGAGAGCUGUGGAAAUCGGCUAUGGCCUCGAAGACGACGCUCCGCCUGUACUGCGAGAACAAGGGGACCAUCACACCGGAGCCGAUCUACGACAACAGUGGUGGCAGCGCCCUCCUAUUCGAGGCGCGUGCGGGCGCACUCCGAACUCUUGACUACCGCAGCCGGUUUAACUGUGCCCCCGAGGUGCAGGCCGCUGUGUGCAGGGUAUGCGGUAGCGAGCGGGAGACGGCGGAGCAUCUGGUCCUUAAAUGUACGAAGUCUCCCACCCCAAAAGAGGGCACCACCAUGCCGCAGGCCCUCGGAUUUCUCGACGCUGAAGGUGGCCGCUGCUUCGAGGGCGUAGCCACAACUAAAGCUCGCCUAGAGCGGUGGUGGAGAGCGGUAAAACAAUCGCGAACGGUGCCGGGUGUGACAUAA